UUGGUAAAAAUAAUUUAUAAAAUAUUAUUGUUUAAUUAUUAAAUAAAAUGGAUAAUUCUGUUUUACCAAAUGCAUCAGAAUUAGGCAUGGAAGAAUUGUCUGACAAAGUUACACGUAAAAGAAGAUCUUCGGUUUUUCAUUCACGAACUUCAAAAUUAUUCAUUGAUGAAGAAUUAAAUGAAGUAAAAAAUCUUGGAAAUGAUGAUUUAUUACCAGACGACGAAUUGAAACGUCAAUGUGUGAAUGAUAUAACAAGGAAAGAAACCUUUAACUUGCAAGAAUAUAUAACUGACCUUAAACAAGAAAGAAAAUUAUGGCAAUUAAAGUUAAAAGAACGUAAAUCGAAAAGACGCAGUCUUACUAAACAAAAAUCUGCUUUAGAAAAUCUAGGACAAAAUUUAGAUUAUAAAGCAUUAUCUGAUUCUGAGAGAUCUUUUUUACAAGCUAAGCCUAAUUACGAUUAUAUUUAUGGCAAUAGUCAGGAACUAUCUAACAAGACUCUAAAAGUGGUUUUAUUAAAUGAAUUAAUGUCUAAAUUGAACGAUAAAUUUUUAAUAAGAAUGCAAGAGAAGUUGGAUAAGACGACAAAGAAAAUAAUUGAAAUAUCUAAAUGACAAAUGCUUUUAAUUCAAAUAUUA